UUGUGACUUAUCGGCAGGACUUAUGGCGAUGACGCAGAAACAAGGGAUGGUGAUGCAAUGCAUUUACCCUUGUGCGUUGCUAUGACACGUUCACUCAGGGCACGAUGGCCGUUGGGUUUGACUGGGGACAGGCCCUCUCUUUGCCCCACAGCGCCUGUGCGUGAUGACGCAAUCAAACCGAUCACCAUGACUUUUUGCGUCAUCGUUGACGCAAUGCGACGUAAUGCAUUGGCCUUGCGCGAUGAUGUAGCAACAAGUGAUGGUGAUGUAAUACGUUGCCUCUGCGCGAUGGCGUAAACAAGGGAUGGUGAUGUAAUGCGCUGCCUCUGCGUGAUGAUGCGCUGUACGCGCUGACGUUUCGGGCAUGCCCAAACACCCCUGGAGGUAAACAAUACCCGGCGGCGGCGAUGGCGGCUCACAGCCUUUUCUCGCUGCGGGUCAGUGUUCAUUCCGACCAGGGUGGUAGGAAAUACAUGGAGGAUGUGACCCAGGUGGUGAUCGAACCCGAGCCGGGGCCCAGGGAGGCCGAGAGCGCCGGCGAGGAGGAGGAAGCGGAGGAGGAGGGCGACGGCGAGCAGGGCCCGAAGCCCCGGCCCGGAGUGGCCUUCUUCGCCGUGUUUGACGGUCACGGCGGGCGGGAGGCAGCGGUCUUCGCCCGCGACAACCUGUGGAAGUGCAUCAAGAAGCAGCGCGGGUUUCUGUCGGAAGAUCCCGAGGAAUUCCGUGGCGCCAUACGUAAAGGAUUCAUCGCCUGUCAUUACGCCAUGUGGAAGAAGCUCCCUGAUUGGCCGAAGACAUUGACUGGGCUGCCCAGCACGUCCGGCACAACCGCCAGCGUGGUCAUCAUUUGCCGGGACAAGAUGUACGUGGCUCACGUGGGCGACUCUGGCGUGGUGCUGGGUGCACAGGACAGUCCCGGCCCGGGUCAAACUCAGAGCCCGGGCACCAUGCAGGCACUGGAGGUGACGCAGGACCACAAGCCGGAGCUCCCCAAGGAGAAGGAGCGGAUUGAGGGGCUCGGCGGGAGCGUCAUCAACAAGUCGGGAGUGAACCGCGUGGUCUGGAAGAGGCCGCGACUGACCCACAACGGGCCGGUGCGCCGGAGCACCGUCAUCGACCAGAUCCCCUUCCUGGCAGUGGCCAGGGCCCUGGGGGAUCUGUGGAGCUACGACUUCUACAGCGGUGAGUUUGUGGUCUCGCCGGAGCCGGACACGAGCGUUCACACCAUCAACUGCCAAGACCACAAGUACAUCAUCCUGGGCAGCGACGGGCUGUGGAACAUGAUCUCCGCCCAGGACGCCGUCAGCAUCUGCCACGACAACGAGGACAGGCAGCGACUACUGGAGGAUGCGGGGCCGACGAGCGCCAGGCUGCUGGUGAGCCGGGCGCUGGGCCGGUGGCGGCAGCGCAUGCUGCGGGCGGACAACACCAGCACCGUGGUGAUCUGCAUCGACCCGCCGGGUGGAGGGCGGCCCCCCUGCGCCGAGGAGUUGCGACUCAAGCUGGCUGGUGGCAUCGCCCACCGCCUCGAGGAGUCCCGGCUGCAGCCGUCAUCCCCUCCACUGAAGGCCGCUGAACAGCUGUCUCCACCCUGGUUUUGCUCUGGCUUCGUCCCGGUGCUGGCAAGAAGAGAGGUGCGGCAUGGCAGGAGCCCGCCGCCCGACGUUGCCGCGGCGACCGAGAACCGCGGGCGGGCGCAGUCCCCGGGUGGGGAGGGGGGGCGAUCGCCCUGGGGCGGCUGGGGCAGGGCCGGCGGCGGGCUCAAGCGGACGUUGGAGGAGCUCAAUGGGGACGCCCCCACCCCCGCCAAGAGACUGAAGGUGCGGGGAGGGAGGGGCAGCGGCAGCGAGAGCACGGGUACCCCCGCCCGUCGCAGGAACCCCGACAAGCAGGCUACGCGCAGGAGCCUGAGGGGUCAGCGGCGGCUGAGGAACUCACUGCUGCCCCCCCACAGGAAGACCAUCUGCGUGUGUUGACAGCGGGUGGGGCUGAGGAGCGGGGGUGGGGGAGGGGAGGGAGCACGCCGGGGUCUCUGGAAACAAGUAAAUAAUUAUUUCAAAAUUCUGUAAAGAGAAUCAAAAAUGAGGCAGAGCAGGCCGACUCCGCCAGAGUGCUGUCUCUCGCGACCGUCUGCCGACUCGGUUGGGUAACGGGCGAGACUCCUGGGUCAGUCUUCCCUCUGCUCCUCUGGUCUGUUUCACCCUCCUUCUCUCCCUUUCUCCCCCCUCCCUCUGUUCAGCCCCCUUCU